AUGGAAAUUGUCGGUGUCGUCGCCGGAAUUCCUGGCCUUAUCCACAUUGUCCACGAAGUGACUGCUACGCUGCGGGGGCUGGGCAACAGGAGAUCCAGCGUAAAAGUCGCAGGGGAGCUCCUCUCGGAGCUCACAGAGAUUGAGAACAUUCUGAAGGAUGUGCAGCAGAGAUGGAAGUCGAAUCCCACCAACAAAUCCCAACUGCAGGGAGUUGCACCGGUUCUCUCGCAGCUGCGGACCGAGUUUGCGUCGCUUCAAGCAACUCUGCAGAUCAAGUUCUCAAAGGAACCGUCCAGCUUUCUGAGGAGAGCGCUUCCUUUGUUCACGAGGCUCGAUAAAACAUUAAAGGAGUCGCUUAAUCGGGUCACCCAAGUGAAAACGUCGCUCAUCCUGAUCAUCGCCCACCAUCAUGACAGACUGGCCCAAGAACACCGCGAAAUCUCCUCUUCUGACCUUCGAUUGACCCUCCGUACCUUCCUGCGACCGUCGGGCGACAACUUCGUACCCCAGCGGCUGGAUGGCACCUGCGAGUGGAUCUGGUCGCAUCCAGCGUUCACACCCUGGAUCAACAGGCCAGCGUCACCAUCGACCGGUUUUCGAGGUCGCAUAAUCUGUGUCUACGGCCCCAAAGGCUGUGGAAAGUCGGUAAUGGUCAAAUCCAUCGCUGACCAUCUUAGGCAUCGGGGGGAACACGUAUCGCAUUUUGCCUUUUGGGCUGGCAGUGAAACCCAACGCAAAUUCCUAGACUUUCUACGGUCGCUUCUUUGGCAGCUUCUGAGUUCUCUUUCCGAGAGCCAAGUUCGCGUUGUUACAAGCGAGUUAAUUUCCGAAUCCAGCAUCAAUGAGCGUAACGUCCUUGCGGCCAUUAACCAAGCUCUGGCCGCCAACGCGACUGAUCUCUACUGUUUGGUGGACGGAGUGGACGAGUCGGUCGAUGACUGGAAUGUCCGGGGCCAGGGCUGUCUUGAGAUCAUCCUCGAUCUUGUUAAGAGCCACGCUGGGAUUCAUCUCUUGGUCGCAGGCCGCGAGCCCUCCAUUCGCACGCUUCUGAAAGAGUCGACGCUCAGCCUCGAGGUGACAGAGGACUGUACACGCGGCGAUAUUAACAGGUUUAUAGCUGCCGAGCUGGACCAUCUGCUGACUCUGAAAGCUCCGGAGGCCAAGCAGAUGGUCCAGAGGAGUCUUCAGGAGCAGUCGCAGGUCAUGUUCCUAUGGACCACCCUUAUCUUGAAGCAACUCAGGCGGUGCUACACCACAGAGGAAAUCACAAAAACUCUGGAGCAAGUUCCCCAUGAGCUUGACCGCGAAUACCACCGUCUUUUCCAACAGCUAAUGGCGAGGACAAGUGGCACACGGACAAAGCCCUCUGCGUCUAUGAAUCGAGCACGCAUUCUCCUCACGUCAAUCAUCGCUUCCCCCGAGCCAUUAACUGCGGAUGAACUACGUUAUGCUUAUGCAACCCAUGUUAGUACUGUGUCAAGGAUUGAAGACAGCCUCAUACCUGUUGACGGUAUCAUAGACGCCUGCGGAGACUUUUUGCGACUCACUGACGGCCGUUACCAUCUGAUUCACGCCUCGUUGAUUGAUUUCCUAACUAGGCCAACGGAAGAGUGGCAUGCAGAGGAUGCUGAUAUAGAGUACUUUCGAAUCAAUCGCUCAGAUGCUCACAAGCAUAUGGCGUCAGUUUGCGUCAAGUAUCUUGAGUGGCUUGACCUGGGAUACCCCCUAACAGACGGUGGUGCACCGACGUUGCCAUCAAAGUAUCCCUUCUUCUCUUACGCAACUUCGCUGCUUCCUUACUUCCUUGCCAGAGUCAUCCUCUAUGGUGACAGCGCGUGGGGCUAUUCAGAGAUCCGCCGUGUCGGUAAAACUCCCCAAGCAUGGGCUAUGAUUGAGUACGCGUUGGCCACCAUCCAAGGCAACCAGUGGCACAGAAACGUGGACCACCUUCACUACUGGUCGGAACUGGCAUCUGUCAAGUUUGAUUGGCGACCGACGGCACUAUUUUCAAUAUACGAAACAGAGCUACGACGGCGGCUGGGCUGUUUCGGGCUUGAGGAUUCGCGGUACCAGGUAUUGGAAUCUGUAUUUGCGCUGGCCGUCAUGUUUUAUCCGUAUUGUAUAGGCAUCAGUCCACCCGACACUGCUUCUAAAAGCGUGCGAAGUGUGACCGGCCGCGCUGGUAGGCUGAUCGAGGAAGGAACGCUCCCCGCUAUGCUGACCAAGUGCCUAAAGGGGAAUGUUGUCCUCGCUGGACAGAAAAUACCCCAGGCUCUUUUGACAUUCAACAAGGUGUUCCGCGGCCUUGCAAUCUCAAACCUGAAAAUGAUGACGUUUGACCUUAUGGCGCUUUCACCGGAUGUCCUACCCGUGCCCUUUGUCCUGCUCAUGUACACAAUGGCUGUCAAACGACGAGACUGGGGAUCAACGGAGAUGCUCGCUGAGACAGCAUUCAGGAGGACCAGGGGUGACAACACCCUCUGGGAAUGCUUGAGUCUUCUGGCUCUCAGUACUGCCACAGAAGAUCACAUACAGGCAAUCGGCUUAGCAAGAGAGGCUAUUCGGAAGACUGCUCGAGUCCAGUCGCAACCGCACUUCCUCGCAAUCGAAUUCGACGCAUAUACAACCCUUACAAUAUCACUGAUACUCCAGGGGCGGGACGAAGAAGCGAGAGGUGCACUGCGCUCCCUGGAGAGACUUGUUGGGGUGAAGCGCGCAAAGAGCGGAAGCCGCAUCUUCGAGACGUUGUCCCGGACGAGACGGGGGCUAGGCUGGAGAAUGAACUGCCUUGUGAAUGUUGCUUGCGCGUAUAGCGAGAAAGGAAAGCACACCGAUCCAGCUGAGCUAAUGGAUCGGACUCUGGCUAUCCUAGACGGUGUCCCCCGGAUGGAUCAGCCGACAUUGCAAACGCAAUAUUGUUUUGACCAACAGAGGGUCGCACUUUACCAUGCGGGUGACAUGCGAGGGUGCAUUACCUGCUGCCGGAGGUUCGCGGAGUUCCUGGACAAGUUGCCUCCAAGUCACCAGGAUAGCCUGAACAUGCAGUAUCGAAGGAAGACGUACAGCACGAUGGGCUGGUGUUUUGCCAGGUUAGACAACUUCGGCCAGGCCAAGGCGGCCUUUCUUCAAGCCGCCAACGGUGCACAGCCUGUAGACGACAGCAAGCACCAGGAGAGCUUGGAUGCCGUCCCUUACCUUGCAUAUACUCUGCUUCUCACGGGUAGCUACGAACAGUGCACUAGAUAUCUUCGCAAGACCAUCGCGCCUGGUAAUGUUGCAGAGGACGAAGCAGCGUAUACAUUUGGUCGAAUCCAACCAUUGGCCGACGAAAUGGAAGCAAUGGGCAUCAUAAAGUCUGACUAUAGGGAUUUCCUGCGCUCCGCGUCGCUCUUAAAAGCAGAGGAGCUGAAAUCAAGAAACGCCUCCGCGGAUGCCGAUUGGUGGAUACACAAAGCAUCGCAUUUGGAAGAUCCCCCAGUCCCUGCAUUUCGCUGCGAACGUGUCCUUCUCUGUUUAAAGGCCAUUGACAUCCUGCUUGGUGAUACCAACCGCACGCUAACAACAGUCAUUUACUACCGCCGCUUGGCGGAUUCUCUUUCUGCAAUGGGGCACCAGUCAGCCGCCGGGCUCGUAUCAGCUGAUGCAGCAUCCUGGUGUUUUGGCAACCACAGGGUACGUUUCUACGUGGGAAUGGUCUUCCAAGCCGAUACAGCUCUCCGUGACCGGAAGUUUGAGCAGACAAUACUCUUCCUUCGUUCGGCGUGGAAUGUCUCCCGGUGGGAUGGUCUUAUAGACUUUGGCAUGUUGAUUUUUUUUGCGGAUCACUACAUCGCCGGCGGCGAGCACAUAAUCAGAACUGAGCAGGUUGGGGAUCUUACUGCCAAUGUUCUUCAACCGUUCCUGAAACAGGCACGCGCAUUCCUGGUGCAAGCCCGCGAAGUAAGCAUCGAACUGCACCGCCCCAAAAACAGGAUACAGGCAGACAGUAAAGAAGACGAUAGUAUCGCUGUCGGUCUGCAGCCCAGGGAGAGAGAGCUUGCGGAACUCGAGUCGCGUCUUAUUGCGCUUGAGGCUGGGGUCCCCCUUGCAGCGGCCAGCAACGAGGCGCCGCCACUGACUGUUAAGCUGAAGCGUGCUAGGAGCUUCUCGGAAUUGGCAUCUGGACAGCCUCUGGUGACCUGCAGGAGAAGGCUUUUGCGGUCGCGGUCUUGGGAGCUAUUGUGCGGUGUUCAUGACUAG